AUGACUCAAAUUGAACCUUCUCUGCGAAUUGCUCAGCUGGAGGCGUCCCCGCUUACCUCAAGCGGGGAGGGCUCUAGUGGGGAGGGAUCUCCCUCGCCCGUAAAGGCAGCGCCGGCUCCCAAGGUUGGUAGGAAGCUGCCAGGAUGGCUUGACCACUUCAAUGCCCGGGAUCUUAAAGUGCUGUUUCGUUGCUCGCUGGCAGCAUGGGUCGCGUCGCUGUUGAUCUUUAUCACGCCGUCCUUAAGCGGCAUUGGUACAGCGACUUUUUUUGCAGCUCUGGUACUCUUCAUGGUACCUCCGACCGGCAUUGUUUUCAUUUUUCUUCUAGGAACUCUAACCCUCAUCCUUGGCAUGGCAUUGGGCUGGGCCUGGGGUGCCAUCGUCAUGAAGGCUGCCAUGGCAGCAAGACCGGCGGCCGAGACCCAGGCCAAGCUUCAAGCCCUUGGCCAGGCCGCAUACAGGCAGGCUAAUUCUACCGGGCAACCUGUGGCAGCUGUUCAGCAGCAGCUUAUCUACACAGGCUGGAUGCUUGACGCUCGUGUAACCGCUGUCCACUAUUGCUUAAUCUGCCUGUUCAUCUAUUUAAUCUCCCGUCUUCGGGCUAAGAACCCCAAAUUCACUCUAGUGCAGAUUUUCGGGAUCAUCAUCAUCGAUGUUUCUCUCACUAUUGGCCCGCUGCUUCCAUCCUUCAAUGGUACCAUCCCUAAAGUCUUGAUUGAGCCCGCCGCUAUUGGAAUUGGACUAGGUCUGGUCUCCCAUUUCAUCUUCUUCCCUAGAUCAACCUCCCAUGUUGUGCUUGAUGGCAUGGAAGGGUUGGUGCGGCUACUCAAAGGGCCUCUAGACGCCACAGAGAAGGCUGUUCUAAAACGUGAAGUCUUGGCUAUGGAUGACCUACAAAACAUCAAGGUGAGGAUAAUUGCUGCCUAUAGGGAUCUCAAGCCGGCCCUGAGCUUUUUGCCAUUGGACUUCUCCGUCAGUUGGUGGGGGGCUGAAGACAUCAAGAGCAUGAAAAAACCAAUCCGCCAGGCCUUGAUAAGCAGUCUAUCCCUUCUGGAAGUUCACAUCGCUCGCAUCGGGGGAAAUACGAAGUUGGAAAAGUUGCACCAGCUUACUGUGGAUCGGGAUUCAAACUCCGAUUCCCAAGCGAGUGGAAACGAGAAGAAACGUCCACGCGAGGUUGGCAUGCGCCAGCUGAUGGAGAGUGUUAAUUUGGUACAAGCAUUGCGAAGCCCGGAACAUGAAUCUAUGCGAUCGGAAACUGUCGAGGUCCUGCACGAGUCCAGCAAGAAUAUCCUCCCGGCGUGCCAGGAAGCUGUUGAGAUCAUUGCAGAGUCCAUUAACACGGUUAACAAGCGUUGGUUCGAUCGCUCGUCCAAGGAACAUCUUAAUCAGUUACACGAGCGCAGUCAAACUGCGCUGCGGAAUCUUCAGGCUCUGCGCUCAUCGUUUGCAACGGAAACCACCGAACGUUUGAUUGAAACACACGUGGAGAUCUUCGACGAAAAAGGCAUGCUCAAGGCCCUUGACGAAAAUACAUUGCGCAGAGUUAGGGGUAUCACCAUGGGAAUGAUCUUCGAAGAGCAGGUGCUCGGCGUCGCCGACGGGUGGGAGCGGGUUCUAGGACAACUUGUCGCUCUCCUGAAGGAACGCCAGAAGCUCCGUCUGUGGUUACCCAAGGGAAUACGAUAUGCAAUGAACUGGAUUCUUCGAAAAAACGUUGUGGUGCCUGUGACCGCGGCUCAAAAUCCAACCAUCGACCCCGACGUCGCAGAGACGCAGUCCAAAGCAGCACAGCAGCAGCUUCGCAUCAGCAGAGGGUAUCGUGCCAAACGAGGCAGCCGCUUUGGGCGCGCUGUCAUCGGCACCUAUCAUUGGUUCAUCAACCCGGAAGGUCUCUAUGCAAUGCGGAUGGUGGCUGUCACCGUCGCACUCGCUAUCCCUGCUGCGAUUCCUCACACUGCGGGUUUCUAUUACCGCGAGAAAGGUCUGUGGGCCCUCAUUAUGGGGCAGACCACACUGGUCACAUACAUGGCCGACUUCACUUUCUCCUUUAUUAGUCGAGCUGUUGGUACCAUUGUUGGCGGUCUCCUUGGCUUAGUUGCAUGGUACAUCGGCUCAGGCCACGGUGCAGGCAACCCGUAUGGUCUUGCUGCUAUCACGGCUGUUGUGCUCACGAUUCUCAUGUGGGGACGCAUCUUCGCCCCGCCUGCUAUGCUUCAAGCUGUGAUGAUGGCUGGUGCUACCUGCAUGCUGGUGAUUGGUUACAGUUUCGAGGAUACGCAUGUCCCAACUUAUGGCAAUCCCGGGUGGGGAUACAAUGUUUUCUGGCGACGAUUUGUGCUUGUGAUUGUCGGCUCCGCAGCGGCACUGAUCGUGCAGCUCUUCCCUCGCCCACCAUCUGCGUCGGGACACGUCUGCAAGUCCCUUUCAAAUGUCCUCCGCCUACUGUCGGACCACUACGCGCUUCUCUUAUCCUGCUGGGGACAAGGGCGCGAAGAAGGUCUGGCCGCCGAGAAGCUAGCUCUUAACCUCGCCGAAACUCUUACCGCAUUGAAUGGGCCCAUCGCGUUGCUGCGCUUUGAAUUUUCCAGCUCGCCAUUUGAUAGCGACCGUCUCGGCCAGGUGAAAUCGCUAUGCCAAGAACUCAACCAGAACAUCGCUCGCCUACUUUACCUAUCGGCUUCGCUGCCCGAAUACCUGCAGAAUCGGCUAGCUCGCCAAGCUGGUCUUCUUGACCACCACAAUAUCGGCGACAUCAUGGCUGUUCUAGGCGUGAUUGAACAAUCACUCAAGACGGGUGACCCUCUACCCGAGGUGCUGCCAACGCCACUACUCAACCGUUGCCACGAUUACUGGAUGUCGCACCAGGUGGAUAUCAUGCUAAGUAAAGAAUUGAUCCGCGAUGAGAACUACCGCCGGUUCUGCGUGGCUAUCAGCUCGUACCUCAAAUUCCUGGCCACUGUGGAUGACCUGGUGCUCGUGAUGAAAGGGACACUGGGCGAGUCACACAUCGUCAGCCGCGACCUGUUGAAGGAGCACCACUGGCUGGGCUAUCGCCCUGAAGCCGUGAAGCCACUCUGUAAAUACGAAGUCGCUCUAUGGUCCUUCCUUACCUCAUUUUGCGGUCUAUCGAUCCUCCAAGCGAUUUUCAACUACUCCGACUACUUCACCGAGCGCAACGUACCGGGUUUAAUCGCAUCCUACGGUGCAUCCGCAGUCCUCGUCUUCGGUACAAUCGAAAGUCCGCUCGCGCAACCGCGUGCUCUAGUCUUCGGCCACUUUUUUAGUGCCUUGAUCGGCAUCUGCGUUACCAAACUGUUUAGUUUGAUGCCCGACCAGGCGCGGUUCGAGUCCCUGCGCUGGCUGGCCGCUUCGCUAUCUACGGCUAUUGCUAUUGUCGUAAUGCAGUUGACGGGCACCACCCAUCCGCCUGCUGGUGCGACUGCUUUGCUCCCAGCUACCAACAAGGAGAUCUGGCGACUUUCUUGGUAUCUCUUGCCUGUUGUCCUGCUAUCUUCUGUUGUACUUAUGGUGUGUGCGCUGCUGUUCAAUAAUUUGCAUCAUCGGUAUCCAGUAUUUUGGAUCGCGCCUGCUCCACCGAAACCUGCUGCGCCUUCUCUGGUGCCGGCGCCUAUCGACGCUUCCUUGGAAGAGGAGAAGGCAGUGAAGAGUCUGUUUUGA